ACAUUCUCAAGCUACUCCUCACACAACAAAUUAGUCAUAAGAAAGAGUGAAACAUGGCUACUCACAAAAAUAUUUUCUUUCUAUGUUUCUUAAUAGGUUUAGGGUUAUGUUCUGCAAGACGAGCACUUCUCUCCUCCUAUGAACCCGAGGAUGAAGUCGCUAGCUUUGGCGGGAAUGUUGGUUAUGGUAUUGGAGUUGAUUCUGGUGUUGGUGGUGGCGCUGGAGAAGGAGGUGGUGCUGGUUACGGUGGAGCUGAAGGCAUUGGUGGAGGCGGAGGCGGUGGACAUGGUGGUGGUGCUGGCGGAGGCGGCGGUGGUGGUCCUGGAGGAGGAUCUGGUUAUGGAGGUGGAAGCGGUGAAGGUGGCGGAGCUGGAUACGGAGGUGGAGGAGCUGGUGGACAUGGCGGAGGUGGAGGAAGCGGAGGAGGUGGUGGUGGAGGAGCUGGCGGUGCACAUGGUGGUGGAUACGGUGGUGGAGAAGGCGCUGGUGCUGGAGGAGGAUAUGGAGGUGGCGGUGCAGGUGGACAUGGAGGUGGUGGAGGCGGUGGAAAUGGAGGCGGUGGUGGAGGUGGCGGUGCACAUGGUGGUGGAUACGGUGGUGGAGAAGGCGCUGGUGCUGGAGGAGGAUAUGGAGGUGGCGGUGCAGGUGGACAUGGAGGUGGUGGAGGCGGUGGAAAAGGUGGUGGUGGAGGAGGAGGUUCUGGCGCCGGUGGAGCUCACGGUGGUGGUUACGGUGCCGGAGGUGGAGCUGGAGAGGGAUACGGUGGUGGUGGAGGAGAAGGCGGACAUGGUGGUGGAGGAGGAGGUGGUGGUGGAGCUGGAGGUGGCGGAGGAGGUGGUGGAGGUUAUGCAGCUGCUGGAUCUGGACACGGUGGCGGUGCUGGUAGCGGAGAAGGUGGUGGUGGCUAUUUACCGUAAAAUUAUAUCUAUGUGGAGCGUAAGGGCCACUGAGUCAGGUGUCAUGUAUAACUCGCAAGAGACUAUGUAUUUUCAACAUAUAUGCAUGUGGUAAUAAGUACGCAAAUCCUCUGUACAAUAAGGCCUAAAACGGCUAUUGUUGAAGUUUUUAAUUGUACCAAAGUUGUAUGCUGCUUCGUGUCGCGUGUGUCAAGUUUAUAUGAACGAAGAUGAAAAUAUCAUAACUGUUCUUA